GAGGUCUCACAGAAAAACGGGAACCAUUAUAAUACUCCUUUCCCAACUUCCAGAAGUUUCUUUUCCAGACUAUAAAGUCUGCAUGAAGGAUUUGGUGUCAGGGGAAGCCGACAGAUCCGAGAGGCUGCAGAAGUUUUUGGGAGCUCUGAGAGGCUGUAAACUUACCACCUCCGAAAUCAUGUUGGUGUCAAGCGUGGUUCUCCUGUGCUUACUGGCUACUGUGAGCGGGGGCAAGACCCUCAGCAGCCAUGCCUCCAUCCUGGCAGACAACAGCGCCAAUUUGGCCUUCAGCCUGUACCACAAACUGGCAAAAGAGAAGGACAUCGAGAACAUCCUGAUUUCCCCUGUGGUUGUGGCCUCCUCGUUGGGUUUGGUGGCUCUUGGAGGGAAAUCCAACACUGCUUCUCAGGUCAAAACCGUCCUGAGCGCCACUACGGUGAAGGAUGAGCAGCUGCACUCUGGGCUGUCGGAGCUUCUCACUGAGGUCAGUAACUCAACAGCACGUAAUGUCACCUGGAAGAUCAGCAACCGUUUGUACGGGCCCAGCUCUGUGAGCUUCGUCGACAACUUUCUGAAGAGCAGCAAGAAGCAUUAUAACUAUGAGCACUCCAAAAUAAACUUCCGUGACAAGCGCAGUGCGGUGAAGGCCAUCAAUGCAUGGGCAUCAAAGUCCACCGAUGGCAAGCUGCCCGAGGUGACCAAAGAUGUGGAGAAGACAGAUGGAGCCAUGAUCAUCAAUGCCAUGUUUUAUAAACCACACUGGGAUGAGCAGUUCCAUCAUAAGAUGGUGGAUAAUCGUGGUUUCUUAGUGCAUCGCUCCUACACCGUCUCUGUACCCAUGAUGCAUCGCACAGGCAUUUAUGGCUUUUUUGACGACACAACCAACAACCUUUUAGUUCUGGACAUGGCACUGGCCCAUAAGAUGUCGUCUGUGGUGUUCAUCAUGCCGUACCAUGUAGAAUCCCUGGAGAGAGUGGAAAAACUGUUGACACGUCAACAACUCAACACCUGGAUCAGUAAAAUGGAACAGAGGUCAGUUGCGGUGUCACUGCCUAAAGUCAGCGUGGAGGUCAGCCACAACCUGCAGAAACAUUUCGCUGAGCUGGGUCUGACCGAAGCUGUGGACAAGGCCAAAGCUGAUCUGUCUAACAUCUCAGGGAAGAAAGACCUCUAUCUGUCCAAUGUAUUCCACGCCUCGGCCAUGGAGUGGGACACGGAGGGAAAUCCACCCGAUACUAGCAUCUUUGGUUCCGACAAGCUCAAGAACCCCAAACUCUUCUACGCUGACCAUCCCUUCAUCUUCCUGGUGAAGGACAAGAAGACAAACUCAAUCCUUUUCAUGGGCCGGCUGGUCCGACCGAAGGGUGAUAAAAUGAGGGAUGAAUUGUAAUUUGCAAAUUUAAUGGCGCUUUUCCACUGCAUGGUACGGCACGGUACGGUUCACUUUUGGGGGUUUUUCCACUG